AUGGCGCUUCUGGAUGUGUGCGGAGUCCCCCGAGGGCAGCGCGAGGACUGGGCGCUCCCAGGCGCCGGCAGCGCCAGGCACUGCUUGGACCCCGGACACUACAGUUUCUCUAUGCAAUCUCCGGAGUUCGCCCUCCCACGGGGAAUGCAGCCGGUGGAAUUCUUCCAGUCCCUGUGUGGGGACAAAGAAAGGAAUGUUCAGAUUGAGAUGGCCCAUGGCACCACCACGCUAGCCUUCAAGUUCCAGCACGGAGUGAUCGUGGCAGUGGAUUCCCGGGCCUCUGCUGGGAGCUACAUUGCCACCUUACAGGUGAACAAGGUGAUUGAGAUUAACCCUUACCUACUUGGCACCAUGUCAGGCUGUGCUGCUGACUGUCAGUACUGGGAGCGCCUGCUGGCCAAGGAAUGCAGGCUGUAUUAUCUUCGAAAUGGGGAGCGCAUCUCCGUGUCAGCAGCCUCCAAACUGCUCUCCAACAUGAUGUGCCAGUACCGCGGCAUGGGCCUCUCCAUGGGCAGCAUGAUCUGUGGUUGGGACAAGAAGGGUCCUGGACUCUACUAUGUAAAUGAUAAUGGGACUCGGCUCUCAGGAAAUAUGUUCUCCAGCGGUAGUGGGAACACUUAUGCCUAUGGGGUCAUGGACAGUGGCUAUCGCUAUAAUCUUAGCCCUGAAGAGGCCUACGAUCUUGGUCGAAGGGCAAUCGUUCAUGCUACCCACCGAGACAGCUAUUCUGGAGGAGUCGUCAAUAUGUAUCACAUGAAAGAAGAUGGUUGGGUGAAAGUGGAAAGUACAGACGUCAGUGACUUGAUGCACCAGUACCGGGAUGCCAGUCAGUAG